UCAAUUGGGAAACAACACGUCGUUUCAAUUGUGCGAAGACGCCACGUAUUCCAAACACACGCGUGUCACACGAGAAAUUGGAGAAACAGAGAAACUGGUUCUCCGAUCAACGACUCCGAUCACCGAGAGAAAAUGGAAGUGAAAAUUGAAGAAUCUGAGAAAGCGAAGCAGAUAGUGGUUCUUCUGAUUGGUCCGCCAGGAAGCUGCAAAUCGACGUUUUGUGACACUGUAAUGCGUUCCUCUCACCGCCCUUGGUCUCGUAUCUGCCAGGACAUUAUUAACAAUGGGAAAGCUGGAACAAAGGCUCAGUGUUUAAAGAUGGCAACAGAAUCCCUUAGGGAAGGAAAGAGCGUCUUUAUAGACAGAUGCAAUCUUGACAGGGAGCAACGCUCGGAGUUUAUUAAGCUCGGUGGUCCUGGCAUUGAAGUUCAUGCAGUGGUUCUGGAGCUUUCUGCUCAGGUUUGUAUAUCUAGAUCAGUCAAAAGAACUGGUCAUGAAGGAAAUCUACAAGGGGGACGAGCUGCAGCUGUUGUGAAUAAGAUGCUUCAGAGUAAGGAACUUCCGAAGGUGAAUGAAGGGUUUUCUCGGAUUAUGUUUUGUUACAACGACGCGGAUGUUGAAAAUGCUAGUAACACAUACAACAAGCUUGGUCCAAUGGAUAAUCUUCCUUCUGGCUGUUUUGGCGAAAAAAAAUCAGACACUAAAAGCCAACCCGGUAUAAUGAAGUUCUUUAAGAAAGUCAAUGCUCUGCCUGGUUCAUCUUCUAAUGAAGCUGCUAACGCAACACAAAACGAUAAUGAAAAGACUAGAAAUGUUAGAGUUUCGCCAGCCAAGCUUGGUUCUGCUGAUAUUGUUCCUACACUGGCUUUCCCAUCCAUUUCGACUGCGGAUUUUCAGUUUGAUCUUGAAAAGGCAUCUGAUAUCAUUGUCGAGAAAGCAGAGGAAUUCUUGCCUAAACUUGGGACUGCACGUCUUGUCUUGGUAGACUUGAGCCAAGGGUCAAAGAUUCUGUCUCUGGUCAAAGCUAAGGCUGCUCAGAAGAACAUUGACUCAGCGAGAUUCUUCACAUUUGUCGGGGACAUAACUAAGCUUCGUUCCGAAGGUGGUCUACACUGCAAUGUUAUAGCUAAUGCUACUAACUGGCGGCUUAAACCUGGAGGUGGAGGUGUGAAUGCAGCAAUAUUCAAAGCUGCUGGUCCAGAUCUUGAGGCUGCGACAAGAGUACGAGCAAACACUCUUCUUCCUGGAAAAGCCGCGGUAGUUCCUCUUCCUUCUACUUGUCCAUUACACAAUGCAGAAGGAAUUACACAUGUCAUACAUGUUCUAGGACCAAACAUGAACCCAAACCGACCAGACAACCUUAACAACGACUACACCAAGGGGUGCAAAACUCUCCGGGAGGCUUACACAUCUCUAUUUGAAGGUUUUCUAUCAGUAGUACAGGAUCAAUCAAAGUUGCCUAAACGAAGCAAUCAAACAGCGUUGUCAGAUUCUGGUGAGGAUAUUAAGGAAGACUCUGAGAGAAACAAAAAGUACAAAGGAUCACAAGAUAAGGCCGUAACUAAUAAUUUGGAAUCAGGGUCUCUGGAGGAUACAAGAGACAGUGGAAAGAAGAUGAGUAAAGGGUGGAGCACAUGGGCAUUGGCUCUCCACAGCAUCGCGAUGCACCCAGAGAGACACGAGAAUGUCGUGCUAGAAUUUUCAGACAACAUCGUUGUGAUAAACGACCAGUACCCAAAGGCGCGGAAACACGUGCUAGUACUGGCGAGACAGGAGAGUCUAGAUGGGCUAGAAGAUGUUCGCAAAGAGAAUCUUCAACUUCUGCAGGAAAUGCACAAUGUUGGUCUGAAAUGGGUAGAUAGAUUCCAGAACGAGGAUGCAUCUCUUAUCUUCCGCCUUGGAUAUCACUCGGUUCCGUCGAUGCGACAACUACAUUUACACGUUAUAAGCCAAGACUUUGAUUCAGAUAGUUUGAAGAACAAGAAACACUGGAACUCUUUCACAUCCUCGUUCUUUCGUGACUCAGUUGAUGUACUUGAAGAGGUCAAGAGCCAAGGCAAGGCCAAUGUGGCGAGCGAAGAUCUGUUGAAAGGUGAGCUGCGUUGCAAUCGGUGUAGAAGCGCACACCCAAAUAUUCCCAAACUCAAAUCACAUGUUAGAAACUGUCGUUCUCAGUUUCCUGACCAUCUACUCCAAAACAAUCGCCUUGUGGCUCGACCAGUGAGGCAGUGACUUAGCUACGUAUAACGACUGGUUCUAUUUCGGUUAGAGAUUAUAUUUUUUGGUUUUAAGAAUUAUGAAAAUCUAAUUUGAACGGGUGAGAGAUGGAAAAAUCUCUACAAGACUUUUACCACGAUGCAUCGCCUAUUCUCAAUCGAAUUAGGUUUUUGUU